AGAAAAAAAUGUGUGCAAAUUCAUAGAAGAUUGUUGAUGAUCUCGAUGGGAUUUUGAUAAUCAGUGGGCGAUUUCGCGCCUUUGUCCUUGUCUCGAUGCCUUUCAACAAAUGACAGAGUCCGUUCGGAAAGAAAAUUAAAAAAUCUUUCCAUCGUUUAUAUUAAUUAAGGGAAAGAAAUCAGUGCGUGAACAAAGUGAACGGUUGAAAGAGGGGCGUGGGGCGAGGGUGACAAGUGCAUUAUGUGGGCACACGGUCGUGUUGCAAGUUACGCCCUUUGUUUUCUCAUCUUUCAGGUGAAGCUUAUAAAUUCCAGAACUUCCUGGAGGCUUAGUGCUGAUAGAGUUAUCAAAGCUACCCAGUUCCCCAGUUCUCUUGAAGAUGAUCCGGUUUUCGAUAUUUUGGCCACCACUGCUAGUCUUGGUAGUGGACAAGGAUGGAGCAAAACAGCUUCGUCCGAAAAUCACGAAAAAAUUCAAGUUUAUUGUAACGAGUACAAUAACUUUAUUAGUGAUGAUCAUGAACGACGCUUUACAUCGUACAUAUUGACGGAUACACCCAACAUAACAGAGCCAUAUCCGUCAUCGACGGAUAUAUCGACCGAACAGUACGCUUGUUCGCCAGGUCAGCAGUGCGACGAUAUUGUGCUGGAUUGUGGCAAACCAGUAAAUUUUACAUACUAUGAUAAUUUGGUGGGUGUCGCAAAUAGAAACAAGCAUCCUCUUGUGCCGGAGCCACACGUGGCUCUUAUGUUUAAAAAGAGUAACGGCAAAGUCACAGAUGUUGAUAUAGAUCUGUUGGAGAGACGCUUAAAAAAAGCCAAAAAGGAGAAACCAAAAUCCGUUCAGCUGUACAAUCAAAUCGGUAAUUUUUGGCGUAUAAAAGGAAACGCACAAAGAUCGAUCGAGUGUUUCCGGCGAGCACUUGCAGUCUCGCCCCACAAUGCGGAGGUUUUAUUGAAUCUAGCAAGAGUGUUGCUCGCCCUACAAUAUUUAGACGAUGCAACGUACUUAGCGAGACGCUCGUUGGAACUCCAACCGCCUGACCGUAAUGCCUGGGAACAAUAUCUCACUCUUGGACAAAUAUUCAAGGCUUACGGCCACUUUCAAGAAGCUGCUGUACAUCUUCGUCACGCUUUGGAAUUGAAGCCUGAUCUCACUGAUGCUGCCGAAGCUCUGAAAGAAGUUGAAUCGCUUCCUGCAGCGAGCAUACACAUUUAUACACUGCUCAUUAUCGUUUGCCUGGUAUUGGGCGUUCUUCUAGUCGUUCUCAGUAGCAUUGAAUGCGAUGAGAAUUUAACACUGGCGGCUGAACAGCUUCAACGUCCGGUGCAACGCCAUUUCAAUCGUGCAAUGGCAAUGAGGAGUCUACGGCUCAACGUAUCGCGUAAUAAACGUUGUUAAUGCUUGAUCUCGGGUGAAACCCAUCAAGGAAGCGCAGCAUUCAAUUUAAGGAUAAAGAGAAAAAGAGAGAAAAAAACGAGAACCCACCAAUCGCUCUAGGAUAAGUUUCCAGCAAGCGUAACUCCCUAUCGAGUAACUUUUUAUUUGUUUUAAAAACAAACAAACAAAACAUGUACGUUAAAAAUGACUUUCGAGUGUGCUAAAUAAUGGCCAUUUAUUAAUCAUGGACAAAGAAAACACUAAAUAUACAGUACGAUAGAGAAUUA